ACAAACAUACGUGUGUGUGCGAGAGAGAAAGGGGUUAAAAAUAACAUUUGGAGAGUUUCACUAUGGAAGAAAAUGAUCGCAGCAACAGAGAUGUGGAGCGCCAGGAUUCGGGCGAUGAGUCCAAUAGAGCUAUUCUACCCCUGUUGCAGGCUCCUGGAAACCUACUCCCUCACAGAAUCACCAACUUUUACAUCGACAACAUUUUGAGACCAGACUUUGGUCGCAAGAAAGAAGGAACCAGGCGCGACGAAAUUAAUAUAGUUGAAAGAGAGAACCGCUGUCCAUCGGCUCCCGGAUCAGGGCAGGUAGGAGCUCCAGUGUCAGGGGAAGGAACCUCGAGCCCUCAUCCAGUGAGCGCGUCUAAAAAAACUGAUAUUACCGCGGACGCACCUCUGAAAACCCGCGCAGAGACUGGAGAUCAAAGUUUAAGCUCAGAUUCGGAUUGCUCGCAAAGUAACGCUGCGCAGACGAAACAACCAAUGCUUUGGCCGGCUUGGGUAUAUUGCACAAGAUAUUCAGACAGACCUUCGUCAGGACCAAGGUCGCGCAAACCAAAGAAGAAAAAUCCAACCAAGGAAGACAAGCGUCCAAGAACAGCCUUCACAGCCGAGCAACUCCAGAGACUCAAGAACGAAUUCCAGAAUAACCGUUACCUGACGGAGCAGAGGAGACAAGCACUGGCCCAGGAACUCGGCCUCAACGAGUCUCAAAUCAAAAUCUGGUUUCAGAACAAAAGAGCGAAGAUUAAAAAAGCUUCGGGGAGCAAAAACUCACUUGCAUUGCACCUGAUGGCACAGGGACUAUACAAUCACGCCACAACAGCAAAGGACGACAAAUCAGACAGUGAUUAACGUGAAGGACAGGACAUCUGAAAUGCAAUAAUUCUAAGCAAGGGCCAGUGUACGAAAUACCAGCAUUAAACGGAUGAAAACUAUAUGUAUGACAUUUGAUUCUGCAAUAUUUUAUGUAUAUAUACACUUUACGUGUACAGUGGUGUAAAACUUUUUCAAUUAGUAUCAC